AUGGGUGGUGGUCUGCCUUCUCCUCCGCUGGAGGACAACAAGUCUCAAGGCUCAAGGAAGAGCUCAUCGAGCUCCAAGUCGAUCAAGCCCAAUCGUCACACAUCCAAACGUGCCAGCCCACACAACGCCACGGCGCAUCAUGAUCAUGCCGCUCACGGCAUGGCUGACGGACGUCACAAGAGGGUGUGGAAAGCUUGUGAGAGGUGUAGAAUGAAGAAGACCAAGUGCGACGGAGAAUUCCCUUGCAAGAGGUGUAAGGAUGAUGGUCUGGUCUGCACGGCAGGUCUUCGCAAGAAGACUGAGUACAAGCAGCUACCCAAGGGCUACGCCGAAGUCCUCGAGCACACACAGUUCGCCCUGGUCGCGACGGUUCACAAACUCUACAGCAUGCUUAGGAAUCAGCAACAAUGGGACCUUGGCGAACCAGAGCUCAACGAUAGGGGACAGCCAGUCAUUCACAACAUUGCUUCCAAGCUUGGUUGCAUACGCCCCAACAGCGAUAUCGACCUCCCUGUUCAUUCGAUAUUCCCCGAAGACGAAGCUGGUCUGGCCGAGCUGGCGCGCCAGCUGGAAGAGCAGCAGCAAAAGGAACACGAGAUUGAGAAGACGGUUAAGGUCGAGAUGGAGUCACGGUCGAGCUGCAACCUUUCUGACCGAUCGAGCUCGUCAGAGCUGGAUCACUCGGAUUUUGAGGCCGACUAUCGCAAACAGGUCUUUGGCAACAACAGCAACGUGACACUGUCACCGCAGAGCUUUGUUGGUGGCUACAACGAGUUUGAUGUCGACAGCGUGACAUCACCCGUCGAUGCUUCGGUCAUGUUUCCAGGGCCGCCGGCCGCCGUUGCAUCUUACGUCCCGCAGUGGGCUACGAGGCCGACAUCGAUGGAUCUCACGACGCAACAGUUCCUCCAACAGUCAGGGGCUCUCACAAAUAUGGACAUGCUCAAUCAAGGUCUUAUGGAGUCGGAAUUCGGCACUAUCAAGCCUCACAUGCUGUCAUGCCCGAACCCCGAGGUCAUGAUGGGCAUGGGAGAUCCCAUGAUGUACGGCGGCUACGACGCCGAAUCCAUGCGACUCUAA